GCAAUUGGAUUUAGAGUGGGGAACGUCUCAUAAAAUCCUCCAUUCAGCAUAGUGUUUACAGUACCAGUUCAGAGAUUGACAACGCCACUUCACCUCCAAGACUCUUCCCGAGAACAACAGCUUAUAUCACUGAAACGUUUCCCGUACAAUUUAUUACACGAUGAGGGCGUUAUCUUUGUUCCUGUUGCUGGUGGGAUGCUUCGCGUUGACCAGGGCCCACUCGUACCACAUGGGCGAGUGUCCCCUAGUGGAACCGAUGCAAGGAUUUCAAAUGAACAGAUUCCUGGGGAUUUGGUACGUGAUACAAAAAACAUCCACUGCAAGCAAAUGCAUCACUUACAACUACACUCGCGGAGAGGAGCCGGGCGAGUACGUUAUUACGCAAGAUUCUGAUCAUCCUGUAUUAGGUCUUACACCAUUGAAGCACGAGUACCAUUACACCGGCGGAUUGUCCGUUCCGGAACCAAGUAUCCCAGCCCGAAUGCAAGUUCGUUUUCCUCUAAGUGUAGCCGGGAGCGCGUCCCACGUGAUCUUCUCCACCGACUACGAGAACUACGCGGGUGUCUUCACGUGUCAGAAGAUAGCGUUCGCCCAUCGACUGAGCGCGACUAUUCUUUCUAGACAUCGGGAAUUGGACAAGAGCUACGUGGACAAGAUACGACAGAAACUGAGCAACUUCGGCGUCGAUCCUUACGACCUCAGUAUCAUUUCUCAGGCCGGAUGCCCGAAAGGUAACAACACUUUGGACAUCAACGUUGAUCCUAACACCUUCACAGCGGAAAGCUUGGGCAACGCGGUCCGCAAAGCCGGCGAGAAAUUGGGCGACGGAGUUCAAUGGGUGGCCAACGCGGGAAGCAAAGUUUACCAUAAGCUGGCCGGAAGCGAAGAAAAGAGCACGUCCAAACCGGAGGCGAACACUAGGGCCGCUAUCAGCGGAGUAUUCGAAACGAACGAAGUCGAAUGGAUCCCUUAAACGUUAGGUUUCAAACAUUUCUUUUCACUAUUUUAAUCCUGACGAGUUUUAUUACUUUCCCACGUUGACCGGUUUACGAGCAUCGAAAUCCUUGCAAGACGCUGUUAAUUGUCACGUUCGCAUUCGAUUAUAUUAAUGAACAGCUUAGCGAUAGAUCUAGAAUGAGAACGAAAGACUACAUAAUCGAUAGACUCAUAUUUUCACAUCGAUGACCACACCGAGACGAACUGACCGGAAAUCGACGGUAUUUAUGAGUUUUAAGGCGAAAUAAAAUCUUUCUUUUGCAUA